AUGUCUAUCGACCUGAAUUGGGAGACAUUAACCACUGGACCUGACGGAAUUGCACUCGCAGAAAAGAUCCGAGACUUUGUACAUGCCAAGUUCCAGACCGUGACUUUGCCCCGCUUCAUCAAGGGUGUUAAAGUCCACACUUUCGAGUUCGGUUCGAUUGCUCCAGAAGUUGAGCUGAAAGAUAUUUGUGAUCCGUUACCUGAUUUCUACGAAGAUAUCGAGGAUGGUAAUGGAGAAGACGACGAAGACGACGACGGCUCUGAGCAAUCUCAAACUGAUGAAGAAAAUGAAGUCGCGAAGACGUUGAGAGAGAGAAGGAAGAUGGAUCGAGUAGAGAGGACGGCAAAUGGUUCGUCGCAUAUAUCGACUCCUCCUGCAUAUAUUGAUACGCGAUAUCCCGGCCUAAGAUCAAUGCAAGCUCCUGGGGACACCGGAAGUCCCUUUUUAGGUGUUAAUACACCUGGGAUUCCAGGUGGAACAUCAAAUCUGAGCUAUUUUCAUUCUCAAUUAGCCAGUGGAUUGUCUGGUACUCAGACCCCACUAGCCGCUGUUGCCGGUGCACAUCUGCCUCAAGGAUGGCCGGAUCGUCCUAGCCCAUCUCUGCAUCUAUCCGCGCUCCGUAAUCAAUCCCAUACACCUUUAUCUCACACGGGGAGUGAAAGGUCUAUGACUCCUCCACAAAUUGCGGAUCUGAACCAGCAAUCGCUACGCGAGAAAGCCAGUGUAUCCACUCUAGCUGCCUCCUCUUCAGCGACCAGGCCGGCAACUCGAGACAGCGCACCCAAAGGUACGAUUCCAGAAGAGCAGAUCGGCGAGAGCGAAGAGCCAACUUCACCACCACGAAGAUUUCGAGAGCCCAAGGUGGAAGAUCUCCAAACCGUAUUCCGUGUACGAUAUUCUGGAAACAUUAGACUCUCACUCACAGUCGAUAUCUUACUCGACUAUCCCAUGCCAAGCUUCGUCGGUAUUCCAGUGAAAUUGAACAUCACAGGACUGUCUUUUGACGGAGUUGCUGUUCUGGCAUACAUUCGCAAGAGAGCUCAUUUCUGUUUUCUGUCACCUGAGGAUGCAUAUGCUGCUAUUGGUGCAGAUGAGAAAGACGCAGAUGGUUCCGUUGGUAUGAAAAUGGGAGCUCUUUUGCACGAGAUCAAGGUCGAGAGCGAAAUUGGGCAAAGAGAGAAUGGCAAGCAAGUACUCAAAAAUGUGGGUAAGGUAGAAAAGUUUGUACUUGAGCAAGUCAGACGCAUUUUUGAGGACGAAUUUGUAUACCCUAGUUUCUGGACAUUCCUGGUAUAA